GUUGGUGCAGCCGCUGCAAUCAGAAAUUCGGCAUGAAUUAAAUCGUAAUUUCGUAAUCGUCGUAUUUUUGCCUCAUUUUGGGUUUACGCAACAUUUUUUGUUAUUUAUUGUGGUUAUGUAACCCAAGUUUGAGGUUAGAAAACUGUCAAAGUGACAGCUGUCUUAUUCAAAAAUGCAUUUAUUUAUUUUUCUUCUGCAUUUUUAAUUGUAAACACACAAAAACGUGAUAAGAUAAUAAUAAUCCCAUUUCCGGAAUAAGGCAUUCCACAUUUAUGUUAUAUAAAUAUAAAUGAUUCAUUCAAGGUUGAAAACAGCUCCCUGCUGCAUUAAAUCCCAGCCAGAGUCAAGUUCAUUGGUGCAUUGAGAUUACUGUUUUUUUGCCGACCACAAGUGUAAAUCUAAUGGGUAACAAUCUUAAGAAAAUGUUAACAAAUGAAGAAACUCAUCAGGCGAUGGUGGAUAACUUUGAGCCAGUGGAAACGUUCAAAUUCCAUCCUCCUUUCCCCGAAGAUUCAAAUAAUGGUUUGUAUUUGAACGAUUUUUAUUUACCUGAAGAAAUCGUCACGAUUAUACUCAACUACAUCCCUCCUAAACAAGUUUUAAAGGCGAGCCUUGUUUGCAAAAAGUGGUGCAACAUUAUCAAGUCUGAUUCAUUCUGGUCCGAUAUUUAUUCCAGACGGUACAAUAAAAAACCGAAAAAACUGCCUUGGUAUGUGUACUAUUGUCUCUUAACAAGUGAUUACUUCGAUAAGAACUUGAUAAAAAAUGGAAAUGGACAAAACCAGUACCAGAACUGGAAAAUUGUGAUGAAUUAUGGCGACGGGUUUAGAAUUGAAGACCCCCCUUGUGGGUCCGAUCCGCUCCCGCCUGAUGUUCCCGACUUUAAUGGAAAAACUAGCUGUUUUGCCACGUCCUACUAUGAAUGUAAUAAAUUCCAAGAAGUGUCUUUAAAUAACAGACUUUUGAGACUCAUUUUCAUGAAAUAUAAGCCCCACAUUUAUCUGAGCGAAUGGGUGGCUGCUAGGUUUGACUGUGGCAGCGUUUAUCAUUUGAUUUGUAAACUUUACGGUCACAAACAAGACAAAACCAAAACUCGCUCUAGAAGAACUGACGGAGAUAGUAGUGAUGAUACUGAAGAAGAAGAAACUGAGCAGCCUCUCCACAUUGAACAGAAAGAAUUAAGGGUGGAGCAGUGGGCUGGUUCCACUUGGUCCAAGGUUGAAAUGGUCGUUAGUGAUUACCCUCCAGGUGUGGACAGGAUUGUGUUCCAACACGAAGGGAGAGAUACGCAGUUUUGGAAGGGCCACUAUGGUAGUAAGAUGGCUGGGGGCGUUUUAAAAAUACUAUUCGACUCAAUUGAGCCUCUGUCUUAAAUGUGAUUUAAGCUGUUAAUACUUUCAUAUUCUAUUGUACUCGUUUUUGCUUUAAUAAAUUAUUUAACAAAAAAAAGUGUCUUUG